AGAGAAAACACACACAGGAAGGUCUUUCUUUCUUCUAGUUUCUUCGAUGUAUCAAUGGCGGUUCUUGGCCAUCAGAACCACUAAAACCGCCUAGGACAAACAUAAGAACAAAACCCUAACAGACACAAUUUCGCCUGACUUGUCUCAAUUAUUAUCGCAACGAAAUGUUGAAGCUUCUCUCCUCCUCUUCAUGCCUUCAGAACCGAGUCCACAGCCUCGCUCCGAACAGCAUCCGAACAGGCUCAGCCGGGUCUACGGCGCCGUUUCUUCGUGUUUUGAGCUCGCUCACUGGUUUUACUGGGCGAAAUCGUAAUCUGGGUUGCCGUGCAUUUUUUUGCUCGGACGCGAGUGAUGGGUCGGAGCCAGUGGCGGAGGCCGAGGUCAAGGAGGCGGAGUCAGGGGCCGAGGCAAAGCCUUCCUCCGCAAUUGUGUCCACGAACCCUAGACCUGAAGAUUAUCUAACGGUUAUAGCAUUACCAUUGCCCCAUAGGCCGCUGUUUCCAGGAUUCUACAUGCCAAUUUUUGUCAAGGAUCCGAAACUAAUGGCAGCUUUACAAGAUAGUCGAAAACGGCAAGCUCCAUAUGCUGGAGCUUUCCUUCUUAAGGAUGAGCCAGGGACUGAUCCUAGUUUUGUAUCUGGUUCUGAAACUGAUAAGAACAUUUAUGACCUGAAAGGGAAAGAGUUAUUUAAUCGUCUUCACGAAGUUGGUACACUUGCACAGAUCUCAAGUAUCCAAGGAGACCAGGUCAUCCUCAUUGGUCACAGGCGUCUUCGCAUUACAGAGAUGGUUAGCGAGGAACCACUUACUGUAAAAGUUGAUCAUCUUAAGGAUAAACCGUAUAACAAGGAUGAUGAUGUUAUAAAGGCAACAUCAUUUGAGGUGAUAUCAACUCUAAGAGAUGUUCUAAAGACUAGCUCCCUUUGGAGGGAUCAUGUCCAGACAUACACUCAGCAUAUAGGUGAUUUUAACUUCCCAAGGUUAGCAGAUUUUGGAGCUGCCAUAUCUGGUGCAAACAAAUUGCAAUGCCAAGAAGUGCUUGAAGAGCUAGAUGUGUAUAAGAGAUUAAAGCUCACACUGGAAUUAGUAAAGAAAGAAAUAGAAAUUACCAAGAUUCAGGAAUCCAUUGCAAAAGCAAUUGAAGAGAAGAUAAGUGGGGAACAACGCCGGUACUUAUUGAAUGAGCAACUUAAAGCAAUAAAGAAGGAACUGGGAUUGGAGACAGAUGAUAAAACAGCACUGUCUGCUAAGUUUAGAGAAAGGCUUGAACCAAACAGGGAAAAAUGCCCUCCUCAUGUUUUGCAAGUUAUUGAAGAAGAGCUUACAAAACUGCAGCUGUUAGAGGCAAGUUCAAGUGAAUUUAAUGUGACUCGCAACUAUUUGGAUUGGUUGACUGCACUCCCUUGGGGAAACUUCAGUGAUGAGAAUUUUGAUGUCCUUCAUGCACAGAAGAUUCUUGAUGAAGAUCAUUAUGGAUUGACUGAUGUAAAAGAAAGAAUAUUAGAAUUCAUUGCUGUUGGAAAACUAAGAGGAACCUCACAAGGAAAAAUCAUUUGUCUCUCUGGCCCGCCUGGGGUGGGCAAAACCAGCAUUGGUCGUUCAAUUGCACGUGCUUUGAAUCGUAAGUUCUUCCGUUUUUCUGUAGGAGGGUUAGCCGAUGUCGCUGAAAUUAAGGGGCAUCGUCGAACCUAUAUUGGUGCUAUGCCGGGAAAGAUGGUGCAAUGCCUUAAAAAUGUGGGAACAGCAAAUCCUCUUGUUCUGAUUGAUGAGAUUGACAAGUUGGGAAGGGGGCAUGCUGGUGAUCCAGCAAGUGCUCUGUUGGAGCUUCUUGAUCCAGAGCAAAAUGCAAAUUUUCUAGACCAUUAUCUUGAUGUUCCUAUUGAUCUAUCAAAGGUUCUGUUUGUUUGCACAGCAAAUGUUGUGGAGAUGAUACCUAACCCCCUCUUGGACAGAAUGGAGGUUAUUUCCAUUGCCGGAUAUAUUACAGAUGAGAAAAUGCAUAUUGCAAGAGACUAUUUGGAGAAGAGCACACGUGAAUCAUGCGGCAUUAAACCUGAACAGGUUGAAGUGACUGAAGCAGCUCUUCUAGCUCUUAUUGAAAACUACUGCCGAGAAUCAGGUGUUCGAAAUCUCCAAAAACAGAUAGAGAAGAUUUACCGCAAGAUAGCUCUGAAACUUGUCAGACAAGGAGUAUCAGGGGAAAAUGAAGCCACUGAACCUAAUGAAGCAGAAGUAGAACAAGUGAUCAGGGUGGUUCAGAAUACAGAUGACAGCAAGAUUCAGUCUGGGGUUGAAUCAGUGGAGGGUAACAGUCAUGAUCAAGAAAUUGAAUCAUCUUUGGAAUCUGACACAAUUAAGGAUGCAAAAGAGUCUGAAAAUAUUAAUGAAAAAGAAGCAACAAAGACUGUUGAGAAAGUAUUGGUUGACAAAGAAAACUUAUCUGAUUUUGUUGGCAAACCUGUUUUCCAUGCUGAAAGAAUUUUUGACCGAACUCCAAUUGGAGUUGUGAUGGGUCUUGCUUGGACUGCUAUGGGUGGUUCCACCCUGUACAUAGAGACAAGCCAGGUUGAGCAAGGAGAUGGUAAAGGAGCUCUCAUUCUCACUGGUCAACUAGGAGAUGUUAUGAAAGAAAGUGCCCAGAUUGCUCACACUGUUGCUAGGGCAAUUUUGCUCAAGGAAGAACCAGAUAGCACUUACUUUGCCAAUACCAAGCUUCAUCUCCAUGUUCCUGCCGGUGCCACCCCGAAGGACGGGCCAAGUGCUGGUUGCACCAUGAUUACAUCCAUGCUGUCCCUUGCUAUGAACAAGCCCGUCAAGAAGGAUCUAGCAAUGACAGGGGAGGUCACUCUAACGGGAAAAAUUCUCCCAAUUGGAGGGGUUAAAGAGAAAACUAUAGCAGCAAGGAGGGGCGAAGUGAAGACCAUUAUUUUCCCUUCGGCGAACAGGAGGGAUUAUGAUGAGCUUGCAUCCAAUGUGAAAGAAGGCCUUAAUGUUCACUUCGUUGAAGAGUACAGGCAGAUAUUUGGUAUAGCUUUUGGUGAUGACCAGAAUAGUGAAAAAUAAGCCAUCAUUGGCCUCCUAUUUCCAUGUCGACAGGCCUUUUGAAUGGUCUGAAAGUGGACAUUGGUGGUUAUUGGAAAAACCCGGCCUUGAAGCAUACCUAUUUUUGAAUUUUGAUUUUGAAUUUCAUCAGAGGUGUUCUUGGGACAUACUAGAGCUCAGAUAGUCAGUUUAAGGCGGAAUUUGAAACACAUUAUUUAAUCUUUUUUUUUUUCUUUUUAUUCUUGUAAUAUGGAGAUAUUCAAUUCUCCCAUUUGUAACAAGUAAUAACAGCAUUCACACCAAUAAUUGAAAGGAUAAAAAUUUGGGAAUUCGAGCUAACUGGUAGCUCAGUUUUCCAUUUAAGUUU